CGCAGCCGGGCCAUUUCACUUGUUUUGUUAAGUGCGUGAACACCCCUGUGCAAGCACAUCAUAAUAUUCAGUUUCACUUUACUUCAAGUCUGGACUGUUGUUACUGCUAAAGAUAUAUACAAGUAUUCAUUGUUUUCAUAGUCUAGUUCGUAUUUAUUUGUGAACGCAGUUACGUGACUUGUAAGUCAAUGCUUUGGUAAGACACUAAACAAGUUUCAAGGCGUUGAUCAAAAUGGUUAUGGACCGACCCUUAAGUCCACAGAGUGUAGGACGAGAGUUCGUGAGGCAAUAUUAUACACUUCUGAAUGAAGCUCCAGCUCAUUUACACAGGUUCUAUAACAAUAGUUCCUCAUUUAUUCAUGGAGGCUUAGGGCCAACAAAUCGUGAAAUGCCUGUUGUUGUUGGACAAAAACAAAUCCACCAGCAAAUCCAACAAUUAAAUUUUCGGGAUUGUCAUGCCAAAAUUAGUCAAGUGGAUUCACAGGCAACCCUGGACAAUGGAGUAGUAGUACAAGUAAGUGGCGAGUUAUCAAAUGCUGGACAACCCAUGAGAAGAUUUACUCAGACAUUUGUACUUGCUGCUCAGUCCCCUAAGAAAUAUUAUGUCCAUAAUGACAUCUUUAGAUAUCAGGAUCUUUUGUCAGAUGAAGAGCUUGAAACAAGGUCUGAAGCUGAGGAAGAUCAGGAACCAGAAGUACAGCAGAAUGAUAUUCAUGCGCCUGAGGCUCCUGGAGCGUACUACCCAACUGUGAAUCAAGUUGUCAACGGAAUGUCAGAAAAUAAAAAUCACGAGGACCUUGCACAACCUGAUCCUCCACCACAGGUCUAUAACAACAUUGAAAUCAUGCAGCAGGCCCCUCCAAACCAGUUAGUUGAAACCGUACCGGUUGAGGCGCCUACACAACCUAAUCAGGCUCAGUAUGUCAUGGUCGAGAUGCAACAAACAACAGUUCAGCCAGAAGCUCAACCUGAAUAUCAUAUUCAGUCACAGCCUCCAGCUCAGCAGCAAGUUGCAUCGAACGAGCCUAAAACUUAUGCAAAUUUGGUGAAACAAGGCCAUCAUGUCGGAGGAACAGUUUACUAUAACACAAGUCCUGUGACCUCUCAACCUCCUGCUAUGCUUGGUGCUGAAUCAACGUCUCCUCCGCCGCAAACAAAAGCUGAAAGCAAAGGAUUUGAUAUGAAGUCUAACUCCAAUCAACAACCUAGGCCCCAGCGCAAUGAUAUUGCCCAGAGGAACAACUAUAAUUCUGUUUCCAGACAGCAAAACCAUGAUGAUUCUACAAAUGGAAACAGUUACGGAGGUGAUGGUGAUAGAAGAAGAAAUAAUCAAUAUUCUGAUAACCAUCAAGUUUUCGUUGGAAAUAUUCCUCAUACUGCAUCUGAAAGUGAACUGAAAGAGUUAUUUGGCCAGUUUGGAAACAUUAUCGAUUUAAAAAUCCUGAGCAAACCGGGCAACAAAGGACCGGGAAUGAUGAAAUUACCAUUUUAUGGUUUUAUUAUUUUCGAAGAAGUUAGUUCUGUUCAAGCCGUUCUUAGUGCCAAGCCUAUAAUGUUUCCUGACGAAAGCGGAGUGAAGUUGAAUGUAGAAGAAAAGAAAGCUAGAAGAGGAGGUGAAGGAGGCGGAGGUGGCAGGGGAGGUAGAGGGGGUUUAGUAGGCCGUGGUGGGGGAACUCCACCCAGAGGUGGGCCUCGUGGCGGAGGUGGAAUUAGGUUUAACACUCCUCUCCAGAAUCGUCGCUAGCCCUAGCCUCUCCAUCACCUUCUCUCAUCAUCACCACGUCUUCAUUCUCUCUGUUCUUUCUCUCAUCUCUUUUUUAUCGUCACAGAUCAAUAAUAACAGGCAAAUAAGGAUCAUCGUAGAUCCCUAAAUCGUUCUCAUGACCUUAAAUAAUCCAGUGCGAAAAUGUUAAAAGUGAUGUGUUAGGACUUAAUAAGAAGUCUUUAUUGUAUAUUGUUGAACAUAUAGCCAAUAAUUUUAAGGUAGUUAACAAAAGAUGUUGGAAAGCCUUGUUUUUGUACAAAUAGUGUUAGCGUUGAGGAUGACGUAUUAGUAAUUUUAGUUACACACGAUAAUAUCGGCUAUCAUCAUGCCUUCACCUCAGCGCGAAGAAAGUUCUUGUAAAUCGGUUUACAGGAAUUUCGCAGCUAAGUCAAAAGUUUAAUGUUAAAGUAUAUUUCCAUUUUCAGACAAAGGUUCAUAUUUUCCAGUUUAUGUGUACACUCUUCUUGUGGUUGUUCAUUACUCAGAAUACGACUGUGAAGCAUUUUUAUCAAUAAAGUGAUGCUUUUAGUUUCACCAGAGUGUAAAAAGGACUAUUGAUGAUUAUUUAUAUUUAGUUAUCUAAAAUUCUAUUCAAAUGAAUUCCUUUUUGUAUAUUUUAGAUUUAUUAGACAAUGAUAAAAGAAUGUUUUUGUUCAAGAAAUCAUUGCUUUUCCUAUUGCUAAUAAUGAAACAAAAUCUGCUUUUGUUUCUCUUUUUAAAUAUUAUUUUUUAGCUGUAUGAUAAUUAGUUACCAAGAUUUAUUUCUGGUUUUCUUCAAUCAUUUAAUCUCCUCUUCCCUUUCCCCUCUGUAUCAAUGUUUUGAAAUAAUAGGAAGUAUGGUGUUCUAAAUUUUUGUUCUUUUUUUUAUAUAUAUUAAAUUUGUAUAGUUAUUAAAUUCUGAAUUCUUACUAAAUUGUAUAUAGAUUUUCUAAUUAAUUAUGUAUUGAUCCAACCUCUUUAACAGGCUUCAUAACUUUAUGGAGUAGGUGCUUGAGACUAUUAAAAUAUAUGUAUGUAUUAAUAGUAAACAAGACACAGUUUCAACAAUUAGGAAGGUGUGUGUUGAGGCUGUGAUGUAUUUUUUAGAGCAUUUUUCUAAAACUAAAUGUCACACUACCUUUUUGUAAUUUGUUAAAACUGCAGUAGCUUGUUACAUAACAAAAUUAAAAUUUGUUUUAAUUUUUCGUAACAAAAACUUAAUUUAGAAUAAAUUGUUUGAGUAAUUAUUGCUCUUUUACGAUGUAAACUAUAUUUUCU